UCAUUCACUUAAACCUGUUGUAGACUCAAAUGAGUAUUAUAAUAACACACUUACAACAGAUCAUGUUUAUACCAAUGUCCAACACGAAGCGGUACCGUAAAGGGAGCAUAUUCCAAACCAUUCGCCUGCCAUGCCCAUUCAUUAUUGGAAGCAGUAAGAACCCGGAGUAAGAUCAAAAGAAAAGUUGAAACUACCCUGUUGGGAUUCUCUUCGCACCAAGUCGUCCCACCGAGGAAUUAAUGAGAGCUAUAGUGACAACAAAGGCUCAUACCUAUAUCAUUGAAUAAAUUAACUAUUGCUGAUAAACUGUCGAGAGGGGCCUCGAUUUCAACAAAUUUAGCACAUUAAGUAUCGCAUCGCGAGUUUUCAUCAUCCUCAGCGAACGCCCCUGUCAUUCAGAUAAGCUACAUCCUUGCCGGGAGUCCUUCAAGGAUGUCUUCUGCCACCAUUUCCUCUUUAUGUUCGCUCAUCUUCUUACUGUCGGCCUUCCAUGUGGACUGCUAUCCUCGUGGUUCCCCGUGGACGGGCUGUGCUGCUGGGAAUCCUGUCCACCGCACGAGCGCAAGUAACUAUUCCCAGCUGUACGAGCUCCAGCCAGCAUGAGUGACCCUUUCAGAUUCACCGCUGAUUCUGCCUUCUACGAACCAGGUGAAAGUCUGAGAGUGACAAUCUCUGGUGAGAACGGAACUGUCUUCAAGGGCUUCUUUCUACAGGCUCGGAUCCAUGGCACACGAACAGCAGUUGGUGAAUUUACGGACCCACCGGCCCUCUCCCAGUUUGGGCAGUGUGAAACUCCAAGCGACUCAGUAACCCAUACUGGUAAAGACGAAAAAGAGGCACUCACCUUCCAGUGGAUUGCUCCCAAAAAAUGUGCAGGGAACAUAACAUUCAUAGGAUCGGUAGCCCUCGGUCAUUCAACUUUCUACGUCGACAUGACGUCAUCCGUAAUCACAUGCAAAGCUGGAUGUCUUCAAGUCAACAUCGGUGUACUGGUCAUCUCUUUGAUGGUUGCACUGUUUUACAAGACAUCGGAAUGAUUAUAGACGAUACGUAAUAUACGCACUCUAGAAUUACAGGAAUCUGCAUUGUGCACUAUUAAUUAACAUCACUGUAAUAGGAAAAAUGAGAACUACAUCCGGGGGAAAAAAUCCCAGUCAUAAAUCUAAUGAAUUGUAUACUUCCAUAUCAUAUAUCAUUCAUCAGACUCUAUGAUAGCUACGUUCGGAUCUUGUGAUUUCCAGCAUAGUUUAUCACCUCCUUUUAAAGUGUUAACGUUUACAGUGUACAAUUUAUUCUUGGUACCCUGUAUGUUUUUCACUGCAUUUUUGUAUUCUGUAUAAUUUAUCAAAAAAUUGGUAUCACUCUUAAUCUCAUUUUCUAUUCAAUUUGCUUGUUCUUAUAUUCUUAACGUAACUCUAAAUCGUAGAUUUUAACAGAAUACAUAGCUUAACUUUCAAGAAUGCAAAGGCAAAGAUUUCGAUUGCUUUUAUAUUUCAGUUCAAAUCAACUUAUUAUUUUUUAACUUUCUCUUAUAGCGAACAUACUUGGUAUUAUUCAUUUUUAUAUAGGAUGGGGUAGAUAUUCGGACACUUGAGUGAAUGAAAACCCUUUUUCCGGUUCGAUUUUACUGAUAAAAACUACUCCGGGCUAAAAUAUUUUUAUCUAAAUAAAUACAGUAAAAUUCACAAAGCAUAUUGCUGAAAAUUUCAUCAAAGUCUGAUAACAAAUAGCGAAGUUAUUGAUUUUUCUUUAAAGUUUAGCAAUAUAUUGUGAAAACGGUUAUAUGUAUGUUGUCAUGAAUAUUCAUUAGGUGGGCUGAUGAUGUCACAUUCCCACUUUCUCUUUCUUAUGUUAUUACACGAAAUCAAAAUUGUUUAAUUUUUUUUGUACAUGUGUGAAUGAUAUGUCUACUUUUUAAUGAAAUAAAUUGAAACAAUGAAUAUUUAAUUCAUUAAAUCAGUUGUCAUUCAAAUUUUGGGGUUCUUGAGGGGGAAAAAUGAACAAACCUAAUUUCAUGUAAUAAGAUAAAA